CGGUGGGGAUUACAGCAAAUGCCAUACAAACGCAUCGUCUUUGCGUUUAUAUGGAAUGCCCUGGAACCAUCAAGUGCUGAUAGUCCUCGAGAGCGACAUCAACCACGAUGGUUUUCUGGACCUCCAGGAGUUCUCCCAGUACCUGUGGGCUCACGAGAAGAGGCUGUGGCUCAUGUUCCACAGUCUUGAUCGCAACAAUGAUGGUUGUAUUGAUGUGGGGGAGAUCCAGCAUUCCUUGCACAGGCUUGGUGUGGAGGUCACCACGGAGCAGGCCUCCAGAAUACUGCAGAGUAUGGACAGGGACGGCACUAUGACAAUUAAUUGGAAUGAAUGGCGUGAUCACUUCCUGUUCAACCCUUUCCACAACAUGGAGGAGAUCGUCCACUACUGGAAACACUCCCAUAUGUUUGACAUUGGGGAACAUCUAACGGUACCAGAUGAGUUCUCAGAGCGGGAGCGGAGGUCAGAUCUGGUGUGGAGGCAGCUGGUUGCUGGAGCGAUGGCAGGAGCUGUAUCCCGGACAGGAACUGCUCCUCUGGACCGCGUGAAAGUCUUCCUGCAGGUACACAGCUCUAAAUCUCGGGCCAUUAAUCUGUGGUCUGGACUCAGAGGGAUGGUCCAGGAGGGAGGCAUCGCCUCACUCUGGAGGGGAAAUGGCAUCAAUGUCCUCAAGAUUGCCCCUGAAUCUGCCAUAAAGUUUAUGGCCUAUGAACAGAUCAAGUGGCUGAUCCGUGGAAGUAAAGAGGGGGGGGGUUUAAGGGUACAAGAGAGGUUCGUUGCUGGCUCUCUGGCAGGAGCUACCGCCCAGACGAUCAUCUACCCCUUGGAGGUGCUGAAAACUCGUCUUACUUUAAGGAAGACGGGACAAUACUCAGGUAUGGCUGAUUGUGCCAGACAAAUCCUGAAGACGGAGGGAGUUCGGGCUUUCUACAGGGGCUACCUACCAAGUACACUGGGCAUCAUUCCCUAUGCUGGCAUUGACUUGGCUGUGUAUGAGACUCUGAAGAACGCCUGGCUCCAGAGGUACAGUGUAAAUUCAGCAGAUCCAGGAGUGUUGGUGCUGCUGGGCUGUGGUACCAUCUCCAGCACCUGUGGCCAGCUGGCAUCCUAUCCCCUUGCUCUCAUUCGGACACGUAUGCAGGCACAAGCCAUCACUGAGGGUAAACCCAAGCUGACCAUGGUGGGCCAGUUCAAAUACAUCAUAUCCAAUGAAGGGUUACCGGGCCUGUAUCGCGGCAUCACCCCCAACUUCCUCAAAGUGGUUCCAGCUGUCAGCAUUUCCUGUGGUAUACGAGCACAUGAAGAAAGUUCUCGGCGUGGGUUACUAGACUGA